GGAUUAGAAAGGAAUCCAAUCAUGGGAUUUGAAGGCAAUAAAGAGGCAAGGGUGGUGGCUGACCGAGUACCUGGAGGCUCUUCCCUUUUCAGGUACAACUCACCCCUGGUUCAGGUUAUCCUGAUAGGUCUAGUAUGCUUCUGUUGUCCAAGCAUGUUCAAUGCGCUCUCAGGCAUGGGAGGUGGAGGCCAGGUUGAACCAACUGUGGCCAACAAUGUCAACACCGCCCCCUAUGUCACCUUCUCUAUAUUCGGGGUCCUCAGCGGGGGUGCUUACAACAUCUUUGGUCCCCGGAUCACUCUCGCAUUAGGCUGUUCCACUUACAUUCUCUACGCAGUCUCUUUCCACUACUACAAUCACUGCCACAACCAGGCCUUUGCCAUUGUUGCUGGUGCCAUUCUUGGCGCCGGUACAGGACUUCUUUGGGCAGGAGAAGGCGCCAUCAUGACCUCCUACCCCUCAACUGCCCGUACAGGUAGCUACAUCUUCUUGUUUUGGAAUAUCUUCAAUCUGGGAGGUAUAAUCGGCAGACUCAUACCGUUCGUCCUCAACUACCAUCGUACAAAAGCGGAAAGUGUUAACGACGCUACCUACAUCGUCUUCAUGUGCUUCAUGUCUACCAUCGCUCUCCUUUCGUUUUCCAUCCUGCAUCCCAGCCGCGUCAUCAGGAAUGAUGGAACUCGCUGCACCAACGUUAAAUACUCAAAUGUCUCCACUGAAGCCGUCGAGAUCUUGAAGCUCUUCCGCAAUUGGAAGAUGCUUCUCCGGACCAGAGGACUGUACAAUGUGUUAUAUUGGGGUGCACAGAUGAUUGGUUCAAUCGGACUUGGACAAGUUCUGGAAUUCAGUUUUGAGAGCAGGAGGAGGAGGGGGUCGGUCGGGAUCAGCCCUGUUGCUCUGCUCGGAACUGCAAUUUGGGGUGGUGACCUUGCCGACCACCUUGUAUAUUGGGUGAAUGGAGCACUGGCCGAAGAUUCCGAGACACUUAGCAGAUAUACAGGUUUCUACAAAGGAGUGCAGAGUGCAAGAUCAGCAGUUGCCUGGCAAGUUGAUAAAAACAAGGUGCCAUUGCUCAACUGGUUGAUUGUGAAUUGGUCGCUCACCACGGUUAGUUACCCAUUGUUGGCAGUUCUGGUUAUCUUGGCAGUGAAGGAUGAGAACAAAUCCGCGGCUGAUAAUCCUCGGUUGCCGUCUGCUCCUCCUCUUCCGAAUGGUAGUCACAAUGAACGGGGCAAAUCUACUUAAACUUGGUAUAUGGAACCUGUUUCACAGGGUUUAUGGUGUGCUGAUCCUUGGCGUUUACUGUGUAGUUCUUUUAGCAUGCAAGUUCGAGAAACCAUGAACGAAUACUUUGAUAAAAGAAACAAUACCAGCAAAAUUGAAAUGUUCCUUCUAUCUUUCCAAGUGCUAUGUAAAAAGUAAAGUGAAUCAAUUCCU